GUUCCAACAUGGCGGUUCAUUGUGUUUGACUGUUGCGAAGCUAGAUGCCAUAGAUGUUAAAUAAACAAUAAAUUAUCAAAGCACAAUUCCCUUAUGAGAUUUAAAUAGCGUAUUUAGCUAUCAAGAAGCUUUGGUGUACAAUAAAAUGCCUUGUCGGUUGCGCAAGAUUUCAGUUUGGAUUGAAAACUUACUUCAGAGUAGUUAACAUGCUAGCCUUUGAGCUAGGUUAGCUUACGGUAGCAUAGGUUGGAUACUACUCCUGCUCUACGAUUAAGAUCGGUUUAUCUUCAAGUUGAAACAAUGUUGGGAUAUCUGACAGCAAGGCAGGCUGGUGUUGAUGACCCUCUGCGACUGAGACGUGCGGAGUCAACGAGAAGGGUCCUGAGUCUGAAGUUGAAUCCUGACAGAGACGUGGAUAGAAUCCAUGGAAAUGGCGUAAACACCAUUGACAUUGACGCAGUAGAAGGCAGAUACAUGCUGUCCGGCGGAUCAGAUGGAGUGAUUGUCGUCUAUGACCUGGAGAACUACAGUGGUAAACUGCAGUACACCUGCAAGGCAGUUUGCACAGUAGGCCGGUCGAGUCGGUAUGUCCACAAUUUCAGCGUAGAGACAGUCCAGUGGUAUCCUUAUGACACGGGAAUGUUUGUGUCCAGUUCCUUUGACAAGACCAUGAAAGUCUGGGACACUGAGACACUGAAGCCUGCUGAAGUUUUUGAGUUUGAGGGCAAUGUCUACAGCCACCACCUAUCCCCCAUCGCCAGGAAGCACAGUCUCAUUGCAGUUGGCACCAAAGAUCCUAAAAUCCAACUGUGCGACCUGAAGUCUGGAUCACGGAUUCAUGUUCUUCAGGGUCACAGAGCAGAGAUCCUAUCCGUGCGGUGGUCGCCCAGAUACGAUCACAUCUUAGCCACGGCCAGUGCAGACAGCAAAGUGAAAGUAUGGGAUGUGCGUCGGGCUUCUGGUUGUCUCUUUACUCUGGAUCAGCACAAUGGAGACAAAUCAAAAGCCUCCUCUGAGGCAGUGAACACAGCUCAUAAUGGCAGAGUGAAUGGCCUGUGCUUUACUGGCGAUGGCCUCUACCUCCUCACCACUGGAACUGACGACCGUAUGCGACUAUGGAAUAGUGCCACUGGGGAAAACACACUGGUAAAUUACGGGAAGGUCUGCAACGAGAGUCGUAAAAGGCUUCAGUUCACAGUUUCACGUGGCUGCAGCCCGGAGUUUGUGUUUGUGCCAUGCGGCAGCUCGGUAGCCGUGUAUGCCCUCCACACGGGAGAGCUGGUCACUAUGCUCAGGGGUCACUACAACAACGUCGACUGCUGCGAGUUCCACCCAGACAACCAGGAGCUGUAUAGUGGAGGUAAAGACUGUAAUAUUCUGGCAUGGGUUCCUGACCUUCGUGCCUCAGAUGUGGAAGAAGAGUCAAAAAGUUCAAAUCAGGCUGCUGCUGACCAGUCUUCAGUGAACCCUGCCUUUCAGGAUGCAUGGAGUAGUGAUGAAGACUAAUGCUGCUGUUUUGUAUGUGCACACAUCCUUAAAUAUGAACCUCCAGGGACACAUGAAGAUAAUUAUGGGUUUUACGGACAUUUCUCCUGUUUUCAUCAUUGCAGACAAAGAUAAAGGCCUUUACAAUUAAAUGUGUAUAUAAUUGUACAACUUUAUGAAUAUGCACAAUGUUAUCAAUGUUUGUUUUUCUACAUUUGAUAAAUCAUUGUUUACCUUUUUUUAUUUGAAUGUAAAGCCAACAUGGUCCUUGGUAUGCAUUGAUUAUUACAAGAAAUUGUUUUAGACUUGCAGAA